GUCGCUCGACGGUCACACUGGUUAAAAAGCUUAAAAAAAAACACUUGGCAAAAUUCAGAUAAUAAACAAAAUCAAAAAUAGUUGAAUUUCGAGGAAGAUGGAAUAUGAAAGUGUGCUGAUCGUGAAGCCGGAGGUGUUUAUCUACAAAAUACCGCCCCGUGCGAGCAAUCGAGGCUAUAGGGCGGCAGACUGGAACCUAAAGGAGCCCACCUGGACGGGCAGGAUGCGACUGGUGGCCAAGGGCACCGCCGUCAUCCUGAAGCUGGAGGACAAGACCAGUGGCGCCCUGUUCGCCAACUGCCCCAUCGACACAUAUCCCGGCGUGGCCAUCGAGGCGGUUUCCGACAGCUCCAGGUACUUUGUCAUCCGGGUGCAGGACGAUAAUGGGCGAUCGGCGUUCCUUGGCCUUGGAUUCGGCGAUCGAUCGGACUCCUUCGAUCUGAAUGUGGCGCUGCAGGAUCACUUCAAGUGGGUGAAGAACCAGGAGCAAAUCGAAAAGGAGAAGACGGAGCCCAAGCAGGAGCUGGAUCUCGGGUUCAAGGAGGGCGAGACCAUCAAGAUCAACAUGAGGAUAACGAAAAAGGACGGCUCCGAGGGACCCUCGCGCACUGGCAAGAACAAGGGCUCAUCAGGCGUCCUGCCUCCGCCGCCUGGCGGUCUCGGCAAGAUUGCACCACCACCGGCCGCCGCCGCAGUCACGACGGUACGGCAAAGUCCCGGCGUCUCGCCCGCCCACAGACCCGCCGCUGGAGGAUCCGAAUGGACCGACUAUGCAUCCGCCGGUGGCAACCAAGGACAACAGAACUCGGCCAAUGCCAACUGGGUGCAGUUCUAGAUAGACAUCCUCCUGUUCCUGCUGCUGCUGCGUCUCUACCCCCAGAACUUUAUGUUUAAGACUCUUCAGAUGUUUUUUUAUUCACCAUUUUUUGCAAGCUUAUUAUUUUCGUUUUAAAUACGACCAAAAGAUUGAACAGAUCAUUCAGCAUAGGCGUCACGCGUUAAAGUUAAAGUUUUUUAAUUAAAUUGAAAUUGUGUAUUAGUUUCCCCGUCCACCACUUGUCCUCUUCUCAUCUCCAAUUUUGCGUCCCGCUCUAAUUGGUGGAUAUAGAUGAAAGUGGGACAAGUUCUCAGUGGGCGGGGAUUGGUAGCAAACUAUUUAGCCUGGUUGUUAAUUGUAUAAAUGAAGAUAACGAUAAUUUGUAUGGAAACUAUUCUAAAAUGUAAUUUGUUAACGUCGAGAUAAUGCAAGUAAAAAUGCAAAUUAAGUUUAAAUCAAGUUAUAUACGAACACACGAACACUGCAAAAACUAAACUAAAGUGAAAUAUUCAAAUUUUGAGUACUUACACACGAACAUACACGCACGUGAAAGGACAUUCCGCAGUUGAGAGAUAGGACGCAUUACAUACCAAUUUAAUUUAUUGUUAACUCUCCAAAUACCCCCUGAUCAACUUGUUUCACACCUACCUUAAAUGGAAUACAUAAAGUUAUACAGAUCUAUCAACCUGUUCCCGUUUUCGACUUCCUUUAAAUCAUGUGAGAUCGAAAUUGGUUUAAUCAAAAAUAGAAAACACGAAUCGAUAUGCCAUAGAUCGUGAUUUGUUAGCCGUUUUACUAUGCCGAAUGCAAUGUAUCGAAAGUUCAAUUUACAAAUUAAAACAUAGUAAUUUCGAUCCCACAAAUCUUGAAAGAAUAGCAAUCGGGAACACGGUAAUAUAUUUUUUUUUCUGUUUAAAAGUGACACAUACAUGCAUAGCAAUUAAGUAAAUCAAAUGAAUUAUAUAUAAUAUACAAUAUGAAGAAAUAUCCAUAUGUAUUUAAUAAACCACAUAAUUGUAGAGAAGGAAAUCUUGCUAACUAUGAAUUGUUGUUUGAUCCCCAAGAAAUUGCCCCCACUCCCAAAUCAUUAUCCUACAACUAUGCUAGACGAAACUCUGUGUUCCGGUCACUUGCUUCUGUUGCUGUUGAAAGAUUAUCAAAAAUCAGAAAAACUAUAAAAAAAAAGGAGUUCUAUUUGUUCCAUAAAUGUUUAUAAUAAGAGCUGCAUCUGGCACACAUUUUCAUCGCUUUAUCUAUGAAACCCCUAUCACAUUUCUACUGGAGACAGCGGGUUUCGUAAUAUUUAAUAGGUAUCUUUGCUGUUUUUUUUUUUUGUAAUUUUCAUUUAUUUUUAAUGGAUGUAUAUCACAAACUAUGGUUAUUAUUUUUGAUUUUGGUAUAAAUAAAUGUUAUAUUCGGAAUUUCUAAUAGCCCAUCAUAAGUAUCUCAAAUAAAAUCGAUUUAUUCUAAUUAAAAACAGGUAUAUAUAUCCGAUUGAAAGCUUUAACCUUUUAAAAACUGAACUCUUCAGAAUUUAAGCGAAAACUUAUUUUUCAAAAUAUAACAUCCUUCGAUAAGAACGUUACUUAUAGUUGUGAAACGUGCUGUUUUCAUAGAUGGUGGAGAGUCCCAGAGCUCCAGUUUUUUUUCGUUGCUCAUUUGAGAUAACCUUCGAAAGUAACAUAUUCGCCAGCUUUGAGCAGUCAACAAACGAAACAUAAUUUACAUGAAAAUAAAAUUAUAUACACAUACAUAUAUAUAUAUACAAGAUA